UCUCCAUAAAAGACAGCUAUCGUUUCCGCUAUCCACCGUGGCAAUAAACAUCCGCCAUUUCUGCUGUCUCUAUUUGUUUGUGUGAAUUACACAAACGUCGGAACCGCCGGAUUUUGUCGAGGGUGGCCAUACGACCGACAUGGGGGGCGGGGGCGCUGCGGGGAACGCCACGUACCGUCGUGGAGGUUGAAGAGGAACCAACGCGGCUCUGACCGAGGGCCGUGUUUCUCAGCGUGAGAUAUUGGGUGUGUGCGUGUGAAAACAUGCAAACGCGUGAGUCACACGGCGGAGAGGCUGGCAAGGGAACAUCUGUAGCCUCUUCAGGGGACAGCAACCGAACAACCGGUAUGGAAAUACAGCGUCACAACAACACAGCUGUGUGCUGUGAGAAUCAACUCUAUCCAGUGGCAGAGCUCUCAUAUUGUGGAGAGAAGGCUUUCAACCCAGAAGAAGCCACUUGUUGCCCAUAUGAAAAUGGAAGCACCAUAACAGAGGGCCUUAGUGAAAAGGUGUCAGCUUGCUGUGGACUGAAGGCAUACGACCAGCUCAAUCAAAUAUGCUGUCACGGAACCAUCCUAGUCAAACCUGGGCCAAACGCCCAAUGUUGUGAUAAAAAGGCUUUUGAUGUCGACGAGCAGAUGUGUUGUGGACCGCUGACCAAUAAGACAAUCCUAACAAAAGAAUCCUCAGACCACCGAUGCUGUGGACAAAACAGUUUUAACCCAACGACUCAAUGCUGCUGUUCGAUAAAUGAAAGUCUAAGCAUAUGGUCCAAGGAUUCCAGCUGCUGCGAGAAGGCUGACUGUGGACAGAACACCUACAACACAAGCGACAAACUAUGCUGUCAAUCAACGGUUGUUAGCAAAAAUGUAUCAAAUGCCCAAUGCUGUGGUAAACAGGCGUUUAAUAACGACACACAAUUGUGUUGUGGUCCUUCUGAUGACAAGAUAAUCCUGGAGAGAAUCUCUAUUGACCACCUCUGUUGUGGACGUAACCGGUUCGACACCAACAAGGAGUGCUGCUGUUUGACAAAGGAAGGUCUUCAGAUACAACAGAUCAAUUCCAGCUGCCGUCGGGAUCAGGGUCAAUCUUCUGAUGCCACUGCUGUGUUUAACCCACACAUAGGUGUCUGCUGUGGACGCUGUGUGUCUGAUUGGAACCCUUCGACAGAUCAACUUCAUGGCCCGCCUGGACAACAUAGCUGCAGGACGAAAGUUUAUCGGCCUCACGCGGGGAUCAUUUGCGAUGGACCAAGGACUCCUCACUUCUGUGGGUCAAAAGCCUACGACAUUAAAGACCCAGGAAUGAAGUGCUGCGCAGGAACAUUGCACAACCUCACUCAAGUACCAGAGGCGCAGUGCUGUGGCUCCAUCCUGCAAAACAAACCGAACGUAUGCUGUUUGAGUGAGCACAUGGAGGUGCUCUACUCCAACAAGACGAAAUUUGAAUGCUGUGGUCACCUCUACUACAACACCUCCCUAUGGUCAUGCUGUGCAGGGACGCUGAGCGCUGUGCCUCCACGAGGACAGCAUCCGAAAUCCAUACUUCGAUCUUUGGGCAAUUUGAAUGAGACGGAUCUUUGUGGCAAACUGCAAGUCGGGAUUGUGGAAAGGGACGGCCUGAAUGGGAUCGUAUUCAACAGUGUGUUGAUAAUCCAUGGAAGGAAUGGCAGUGUGAUACCCAGGAGCGGGCUUCACACCCUGAGUACAGGAACCGAUGGCUGCAGCAACGCAAAACUGGUCCCUGGGAAGAGCUACUUCUUUGAUGACGUUAAAGUAAAUGUCUUCACAGAUCUCAACCACGACUCUAUUCUCCAGUCCAUCUAUUUCAUUAUUUCUAAGUGUCAUACGAAUAUAUAAGAUUAUAGACUUUAUGUUCAGGGUCGGACGAUUUACUAACUAAUCUAACAUGCAGCUAAUUUAUAGAUGUUGAGUUUUGGAUUAACACCAUUUGUUAAAAAACAACUGUGGAGUUAUCAAAAGCAAUAUUCCUUGUCUCUUAGCAGAGGACAGCCAUUAUCAAUUAUCAGGCUGGAGCUUGUUCACUAAGUCCACAUAUUAGUCUGUUAACUUAUGCACAUCAAUAAAACUACUCUCAAAUUGUGAAGUAGCAGAGCAUCAAAAGAAUUAUUAUAUACAAUGUCCAUGAAGUUCAUGACAGGAUGAUCUAAAUCUUUUGCAUAACUGGUGGUUGCAAUUACCAAUGUUUAGUAAUCACCGCAAGAUGGUGACACUCAUCACGGUGAACUAUUUGUUUUCAAGAUUAAUGUUUGUGUGAUUAAUGUGUCUGUGAUUUUAAUAAGCUAAUAAGCUAAACAGCUAUUAGAACAUGUGUUUUCAUUUUUGGAACAUUAUGCUCUAUUUUGGAUUUUUAAAUUUGCACAAAACUACAUUAAUAGUGAGUCACUCAUGAAAAUGUAUGUUUGAAUAUAAAUGACAGGAUUUGUCACAUUAUGUGUCACAUGUGCUAAACAAAGCUGAAAGACCAAUCACUUAAAUAUUAAGCUGUGGUGCAUUGAAUUUCUAUGGUGCGUUGAAGUUAUAUUUCUUAACAAUAUGUAUGUUACCCAUAGUUCCAUGUUCCUGUAGCUAGGAACAUGGCAUUAGUAUGAAGGUACUUUUCCAACUUUGAGCGUUUUGCCAUCGCCUUAGUGUGGCCUAAAGGAUUCUGGACACUGCUUUUGCAGUGUGUACUGACCGGUAGAGCUCAGGAGGCUUAUUCAUCUUUAACUCUGACUCAAAAUAUAGUUGUUUUAAUGUUCAUUCAUGUACUGUAUUUUUCAUUUUACAAAAACUAUUUUCUAUAUCUUUGUACGUUUAGUUUCUUGUUUUAAGCAGUGUCAACACAUAAUGCAUGUUUUAGUAUGUUCUAUAUCUAUGCAUGACACAGCCACAUGUAGGUGCUUUAUGUUAGAUUCAUUUUUGUCAUUAAAAGCAAUUGUUAGAAAA